AUGGAGGUGGCGCCAGUUCCCGGAGGCGGAGCGGGUGAAGAGGACGGAGGAGGCGCCGACCGCAUCAGCAACCUCCCCGACGACAACCUCCGCCACAUCAUUUCCCUCCUCCCCACGAAGGAGGCCGCCCGCACCAGGAUCCUCGCCUCCAGGUGGCGUCCUCUGUGGUGCUCCGCGCCUCUCAACCUCGACUGCCGUGACCUCACCGCCGACAAUGCCGCCUACGCCGGCAUGGUCGCGACGACGCUCUCCUCCCACCGGGGACCUGUCCGCCGGUUCUGCGUCGACGCCAACCUCCUGGCCGACCCACCCGGCGCCACGGAUGCCUGGUUCCGGUCCGCCGCCUUCGACAACCUAGAGGAGCUCGAGUUCUCCAGCAACCAGCAUUCGCCUCCGGCCAUGUCCAUCUUUCGCUUCUCGCCUACCCUCCGUGCCGUCACCGUCGAAAAAACUGUCCUCGCCGACGCCGUCUUCCACGGGCUCCACUUCCCCGUCCUCAAGCACCUCGGGCUUUCUGAGGUCGCCAUCUCGGAGAUGUCGCUGCACAGCCUCAUCGCCGGGUGCUCCGCUUUGGAGCACUUGCUGAUUAGCAACUGCAUGGGCGUCAACUGCGUCCGGAUCAACUCCCUUAGCCUUGUAAGCGUCGGCGCGCGCCUGACCGGCCUACGGCGUCCGAUGUGUCCGCUACUGCUCGGCAAGAUCGUCGUCGAGAACGCCCCUCGUCUUGAGAGGCUGCUCCUCCUCAACUCCGGCACCCGUCUGCAUGUCACGGUGGUCUCCGCGCCUAAACUCGAGACUCUGGGCUACCUCAAUGAUGAGCACUAUUAUAGUGGAUUCUCCAGGCUCGUGUUAGGCUCAACUGUCAUCCAGGGUCUCCGCAUCGUAGAUGAGCAGCUGGUAACGGUGGUGCGCACCGUCAAGACGUUAUCUCUGAAUAUGGAUACUCUUAGCUUGGACAGGGUUAUUCAGCUGAUGAGAUGCUUCCCAUGCCUGGAGAAGCUCUACAUUCGGCUACCGAAGUCAGGGCCAAGCAAUCUGUGGCGUCGCAAACACCGCGAUCUCAUCAAAUGCCUUGACAUCCGCCUCAAGACCAUCGUGCUCGGAUCGUAUCUCGGCAACAAGACGCAGCUUAACUUCGCGACAUUCUUCGUGCUGAACGCGAGAGUGCUGGAGUCGAUGACGCUGGAGUACUAUGCUGAUUCCAGGCUUGAUGACAAAGAGUUCUUGUCAAAACAAUUCCGGGAUCUUCAGCUAGAGAGCAGGGCCUCAAGAGGUGCCAAGUUUUAUUUGACAACCAACAAAAGUAUCCGCAAUCAUUGGGAGUUCAACCAUGUCCGCGAUUUGGAUUUAGCUGAUCCAUUCGCAUGUGAGUAG